GGGCUUUGAAACUGGGCUCUCGAGCUUUGAGCUCUACAACUGCGACCGGCGAGUGCCGCCAUCUUGAAGAAAACCCGGGAGGAGGAGGGUUAAAGCCAUCGAUCUCCAUACCAAUUUUGCAGUGAUUCUAUGGUUGGGUCACUGAAACUACAAUACAAUGGCAUUAUUCUGUAGAAUAAGCCAAUCCAAGCUCAAGUCCUUUUUGGAUCAAUUCAAGAGACAUUACUUUCAAAUCUCUCACUCUGCUGCGCUCGAUUCUCGUCGUACCACGAAUCAUGUUUAUCGGUAUGAAGGGCGGAUUCCCCGUAGACCAGCUGAUUUUGCCGAUAAUUUUAGGUUUUAUGCUGCUCCGGUUCAGUUUCAAGGUAAUGCGAAGAAGGAAGAGAAGGACAAGAGUGGGCCGCGACUUAAUGAUAAAAUUAAGGCUGACUUUGUGAGGCUUGUAUCUGAUGAUGGACAUACAAUUCUUCCACUACGUGAAGCUCUUGAACGUGCUCGUGAGCUCAAGCUUGAUUUGGUUGAGGUCCAACAAAAAGCUAAUCCACCCGUGUGUAAACUCAUGGACUUCCACAGGGAGAAGUACAAAAAGCAAAUAAGGGAAAAGGAUCGUGUGAAAAGCAAGGUUGAAUUGGUUAUGAAAAAGGCCGGACACAAAGAAGUUCGCUUCACGGGGAAAACUGAGGAGAAGGACCUAAAGAUGAAAGCUGAUAUGGUAAAGCGAUUGAUGGAACGUGGUUACCGUGUGAAGUGUACUGCCAGGGGCGAUGAGAAUCAGGACUUAGGCGCCUUGUUAUCUCGUCUCUCUGCCAUGAUAGAGGAUGUGGCGCUGGUGGAAAGUGGACCGAGUGUGGAAAAAGGGCAGGCAUUUAUUAUAGUCAGGCAUGUUAAAUUUGGCCCCUCGAAGAAAGGAGGCGGCAGUAAAGCAUCGAAAGUUGCUGCAAAUGCGGAACAGAAGGUUCAAAAUGGCUCCACCCCUCCGAUUUCAGCCGUGGAUCCUGAAGAUGAUGCUGAGAGUUCUGAAGAAACUACCUGGAGAGUUGAUGGUACUAGUGAUUGUGACGAAGCGUUUGACUUGAAAGAUGAUAGAGAUGUGAUUACCUCAACAACCGCUACCAAGAAAAUGAAUGUUGUUUCAGACAGGGAUGUUCCUGAUUCUGGUAGAACCAGCUCAGUUCCACUCUUUCGAGAAGAUUCUUCCAUCAAAAUUGAUAAUAGACCCAAAAAGAUCGAACCUAUGAACCGUUUCCAACCACCAAAUGUAACUGACCGCUACAGCCAAGGUGCUAGAGAUUCACUCCGAUCAGGACCCCAGAUUCGCGAACCUAUGAACCGUUUCCAACCACCAAAUGUAACAGACCGCUACAGCCAAGGUGCUAGAGAUUCACUCCGAUCAGAACCCCAGAUUCGCGAACCAAUGAAUCGUUUCCAACCACCAAAUGUAACAGACCGCUACAGCCGAGGUGCUAGAGAUUCACUCCGAUCAGAACCCCAAAUUCGCGAUCAGAGGUGGCACCCUCCUCCAAAUACAAACUUCUCACCCACGAUGAGAGAAACCAGACAAUAUGAUAACAAUACUUCUGUAUCAAGAAACAUCAACCAUUCUUCAAAUGCGACAUCGAAACCUGGUCCAUCUCAUCAUACCGAUUCAAGUCCAUCCAAAACUAGCUUUGGGAUCUUCAGUUCUCCAAACUCCAAUGCUCCUGGGAAGCAAGAUCCUCCAGCCACAGGUUAUCAAGGGAAUCGAGGGCCUCCAUACACACGUUCGACCAAUCCUAAUGCACCUGGAGUUGCAGAAAAUACAAAGUUUCCAAUAACGAACUCGGAGGACAAUUCAAAUAAGGGACAGAAAAGUUGGGGAAUUUUCAGCAAGUAGAAAGGAUAUCAAAAUCUAACUAGUAAAGGUAAAAUAUGAUAGUCAAUUGUUUUAGAUAUUACAUGGUAGAUUGAAUUUUGGCGAGGAUAUUUAUUUAGACAUAAGAGCAGAGAUUUUUGUUUCAAACAAGUACUGCUGUUCAUGCCCUGUUUUAAAUGGGCAACAUAAUUUUUUUUUUCAAAUGUAUUUGUAAUAAAUUUAUUUCUUGUCUUU